ACCGAAGCAAAAAUCGAUCGUGUCGUCCUUCGUGGCUAUUACCCCCUAUGAAAAGAGUUCCAAAAGGAGCAAGGACAUAACCAGGGCCGUUUCUUACUUUCUAGCGAAAGAAAUGAUGCCCCUAAGCACAGUGGAACAAGACGGGUUUAGGAAAUUAGUUAAAGUGCUUGACUGCCGGUACGAACUCCCUGGCAGAAAAUACUUUUCCAAAACCGCACUGCCUCAGCUAUAUGAAGAGUGCCGCGAAAAGCUGGAAAAUAAUCUAAGGAACGUGAGAUUUUUUGCCACUACCUCCGACCUAUGGUCGAGCCGGACAUCCGAGCCAUAUAUGAGCCUCACCAUUCAUUACAUUGACGAGGAGUGGGGUCUGCAAUCAAGAUGCUUGCAAACUGCAUAUUUUCCGGACGACCAUACUGCGGAAAUACUUUCUGCGGGUCUGGAGGAUGCACUCGCAUCUUGGGGCCUUAGCGAGGACCGCCAGGUGUGCAUUACAACGGACAACGGCGCAAACAUCGUCAAGGCUGUCUCACUUAAAAACUGGACCCGUCUGCAGUGUUUUGGUCACCGGCUACAUCUAGCCAUUGAGGGGAGUAUGAGAGACCAGAGAAUCCAAAGAGCCAUGGGUGUGUGCAAAAAAGUGGUCAGUGCUUUUUCCUUCUCAUGGAAAAAGAAACGAGAACUAGCGGUCACUCAAGAGGAGCUCAAGCUGCCAAAGCACAAGUUGAUCACAGAAUCACCCACCAGGUGGGGGUCACGCCAUGCCAUGAUAGCACGAGUGCUAGAGCAGGAGAAGGCCAUUGCAAAAGUUUUAUCAGCUGAUAAAAAAACAAGGCACUUGGCUCCCUCAUGGCAGGACAUUGACGUUCUGGAGUCUGUGUGCAAGGCUCUAAACCCACUUGCUGAUUUCACUGAUGCCCUUUCUGGUGAAGAAUAUGUGAGUGUGUCGUACCUGAAACCUCUUGAGGUAUUUCCUCAUUCCAACCACAUUUGCUCCUACAGAGACCUUGGAGAAGCAAUUUUGCAGUUAGAGUAA